CAAUCUUAUGCUCUCUAAAUGUUGUAAUUUUGGUGAUAAAUGAAGGAAAAAAGUGUUUGCGACCAUUCCUUGGUUAACAAAAUCAAUAUGUAUAUUUAUGAAUAACUAUAUGGAAUCAUUUAUAUCUGAACCACCAUCCAGAGUCAGAAAAUCAAACGAUUAAGGAGACCUACUUAAAGAUGCAGGCCGAAUGGGGCUUGGAUAACCAGUCCGCCUCCUUUGCUCGCCUGCCCACUGUUCCCAGUUCUGCAAUGGACUUGGAGGCGGAUAACGAGGUGGCCAGCAAUUGGUCCACCUUGGCCAACAUAACCCGCCUCGUGACCGGCGUAGCUCCGGAAAUCAUCAACUACACGCUCAAUAUGAUGGAUCUGAGUGUGGGCGUGGCCACGGAUAUGUCCAAUCUGAGUGUGGGCACCACGCCCCUUCCCGCCUUUGCGAUCUCCAAUAGCUCCUCCCUGGCGCACACGAAUACCCGCCAUGAAUCUCCACCGAUUGCGGAACAGGUGCCCGAGCACGUGAUGGACCAUGCCCCCCAGCUUUCCCGAUCCGGGCUGCUCAAGGUGUACGUCCUGGCGGUGAUGGCCCUGUUCUCCCUGCUCGGCAACCUGCUGACCAUCUGGAAUAUCUACAAGACCCGCAUUUCGAGAAGGAACUCCAGGCACACGUGGAGCGCCAUCUAUUCGCUGAUGUUCCACCUGUCUAUUGCCGAUGUCCUGGUCACCUGGUUCUGCAUCAUUGGGGAGGCGGCCUGGUGCUACACCGUCCAGUGGCUGGCCAAUGAGCUCACCUGCAAGCUGGUGAAGCUCUUCCAGAUGUUCAGCCUCUACUUGAGCACCUAUGUCCUGGUGCUGAUCGGAGUGGACCGGUGGAUAGCGGUCAAGUACCCCAUGAAGUCGCUCAACAUGGCCAAAAGGUGCCAUCGCCUGCUCGGGGGAACUUACAUCCUGUCGCUGGUGCUCAGUUUGCCACAGUUCUUCAUAUUCCACGUGGCUCGAGGACCUUUUGUGGAGGAGUUCUACCAGUGUGUAACCCACGGAUUCUACACGGCGGACUGGCAGGAGCAGAUGUACGCCACCUUCACGCUGGUUUUCACCUUCCUGCUGCCUUUGUGCAUCCUGUUCGGCACCUACAUGUCCACCUUCCGGACCAUUUCAAGCAGCGAAAAGAUGUUCCAGGGAUCGAAGAUGGCCAACUAUACCACGGCCAAGCUGCCAACGCAGACGAAUCGCCAGAGGCUGAUACACAAGGCCAAAAUGAAGUCUCUUCGCAUUUCGGUGGUGAUCAUCAUAGCCUUCCUCAUCUGCUGGACUCCCUACUAUGUCAUGAUGAUUAUGUUCAUGUUCCUCAAUCCCGACAAAAGGCUGGGCGACGAUCUGCAGGACGCCAUCUUCUUCUUUGGAAUGUCCAACAGCCUGGUCAACCCGCUCAUCUACGGAGCCUUCCACCUGUGUCCUGGCAAAGGAGGCAAAUCGAGUGGCGGUGGCGGCAACAACAAUGCCUACAGCCUCAACAGGGGCGACUCGCAGCGCACUCCAUCCAUGUUGACGGCGGUGACGCAGGUGGACGGCACAGGUGGCAGUUCCCGCCAGAUGCGGGCCUUCCGCCAGCAGAGCUACUACCGCAGCUCCAGCAAUGGGACAGGUGGAUCCGCUGGUGGUGCCGGUGGUGCUCCAUUCAAGGAGCAGGUCUCUCUGCUGCAUGUGGGUCCUGGGACGGGUCCACCGGGUGCCUCCGUAUCCAGCAAUGCCACCCCACAGCUACUGAGGAAGGGAUCCGCUCUCCUGGCCCGUCAUCCCAGCUGCCUGCGGGAACAGGAGCACCAGCAGCGACUCCUGCUGCAGGAGAAGCCCUCCACCCUGAUCCUCAGCUACGAUAGCCAGCGGGGCGGCGUGGGUGUGGGCGUGGCCAGCGGUCUGAUGGACAACAACGAGCGGGUUUCCAGUGUUUGAGAGCAGCUGGCGAUGGCGGCGGCGGCGUUGGCUACGACAGCUGCACCGGAUACAACAGCGGAUGCGGAUGCGGACGCGGACGCCGAUGUGGCGACGGAGGACGCCUGCUCCUGCUGCCAUUGCCUGAGCAGGGAGCUGGUGCGACGGCAGCUAGAACUCCAAGAGCUUCCAGUGCAGUGAGGAUUUGAGCCCAGGGGUCAGGGAAAUGGAUUCCCCCCAGGGCCAAUGGGUUAGAUAGGGAGGCGUCGAUGAUCAGAUCACCGGGGCGUGCAACUUGUGCUUAGAUAAUGCUAAUCGAGAGUUAAGUCUUUAAACACAAUGGGUGUGCUUAGGAGUAGCAUAGUAAUAGAGGUAGUCUUAGAGAACGGUUGCCCGGCACUGGGAGAAACUCAAAUUAAGGCUACAUAUAUACCCUUCUUGAAACUUUAUAUUUCAGAUACAUUUUUUAUAUAAUUUAAAGAUAAGUAACUCCCAAAACCCAUUUUUUUAUUUCACUUAACUAUUAUAUAAUCUAUUCAAAAUAAAUCCUAUAUUAAACUGUAAGUGUCAUUAUAAUUUAGCGAUCCUGAAGUAAUGUAUUUAAUGAAAAUCAGGUUGUGAAAAUAGUUAAAGUAUUUUAAAUAGUUGUGACGUUGCAAAUUGGUUUCCAUUUAAGUGAAUAAUCAAUAAUUUUUACAACUGUAAUCAAAUUGCAAUCAGAGUCAGUUCAAAUUCAAGUUCAGUUAAAAUCUUGUUAAUUGGGUAAUGAAUAUACAUGACUUCAAAUGAGUUUCUCUGAAUAGCAGGGCAACAUUGUAAAGUUAAUUAAAAAAAUGUAAGUUUUUUAUUUGGUUUUCCUUGCUAAGUUCAUCGAAAUAUCAAUUUUAUAAUUGAGUGAAAACUAAACAGCCAAACACAGGGUAAAAAUAACAAUUGUAAAUAAUUAAGCGCUAUAUUUUUGGAAGAAGUUACCACAUCUUCAAGCAUAAUACCUUAAAUAAUGUUAAAAAAAAUUGUAAAAAAAAUAAUUACAAUAAAAAUGAGUUCAUGUUAAAAAACGUAAUCGUAAGGCCUAAAAAUUUAAGAUUGCCUGUUCUUUUACCAACUGUACCCAAAGUCAUGAUCAUAAUUUAUGAUUUCCUAUGUUACAAUUAGUUUCUGUUCAUUUUCGUUUUAAAGCCUUCAGAAUCGUAUUUUUCACUUGUAAAUGGCAUUCUCCCAAAGGAAACCUUAAUUUACGAACAACUGGAAAUAUCAAUGUGAAACUGAAACAUGGAGAUACUUUAAAAGAAUCACACUGAACAACACAAUUCAAUUUGGCCGAAUGUCCCCAGAGGCAAACGGAUGCUUUUGGCGAUUCCGAAGAAUGGGAGGACAACACACAUAUGUCAUUAAAAGGAAGCCACUGCAUUAUGCGAAUCCACCGACGCGAUGGUUAUAUUUCCACAAUUCACAUCUAUCCCACAUCCCGUUUGCAUAUUCAUGUGCUCUCCGCACUUCGGUGCGUACUUAUGUAUAAAUAAUCUGUGUCAAAUUUGUAUAGUUUAUUUUUUAAUAAAACCCGAAUGAUCCAUGCGAAA